AUGACGGAGUGUCAGAAUAACUACUUGUAUGUGUUUGAUGGACUUCCUGAAUUUCUCAAGAAUGGUGUUGUGCGUUCUGACCGCAAUCUCAUUGGUGUCUUUUGUGGCACCAGCAGGACAGAUCCCAUAACAAUUGAAGCUUCUUCAGGUAUUGUAACAGUGUAUUUUGAGGCCAAUGUGACAGAUGUGCCUGGCUCACAUGGCUUCAACACCACCUACCAUGUAAGCCGCUGCCAGUCAGGCUGCUCAGCCAAUCAGGAGUGUGUGAAUAAGCGUUGUGUGUGCAAAAAUCGAUUUGCUGGACCUGAUUGCUCUCUGGUGGUGUGCCCAAGUGAUUGUGAGUCUAGCAAAAGCCAUGGCAUCUGUAAUAUGAGUUUGGGGCUGUGUAUUUGUUCAAAGGGCUAUGCUGGCCCAGAUUGUUCCACACCUGUGGAUUCUGGAAAAGUUAUCUGGGAGACACUUAUGGAUACACAAUACACAACUAAUAAAGCUCAUCGUUUUUUGCUCCGAAUGGGCCAUUCUUUAGUUGAGGGCCCAGAUUCUACACUUUGGAUGUUUGGUGGAUUAUCUCUUCUGGAGGGCAUUCUUGGUAACGUUUAUAGAUACUCAAUUCCAGAGCGUCGGUGGACUCAGAUGUUGACCAGCACAACUGAUGGUAGUCCAGGACCAUGUCCAAGAUAUUUUCAUGCUGCUGCUUAUGUCCCAGGCCACAACACUAUGUUUGUUGUAGGUGGGCUUACUGAGAAAGGUGUGGCAAGUGAUAUGUGGGGUCUGAAUUUAACUACUCUACAGUGGAAACAAGAGUCUAAGGAUGACUAA